AUGGCUCCAACAAGUAACCGGAACCGGGAGCUCCGAAUCAAGGAUGCGGAGCUGCCCAGUACUGCUGCACAGCACCAGCCCAAUUCGGCAUCAUGCAGCACCGAGGCUCACCAGGCUGCUGCACUGAUUUUCCAGCGAGAAGGCCAUCCAAAACAGGCCUACAUCGAUGGCGAAAUAUGGCCGCCGAUCUUCAAGCCCGAAUUUGUUCGAAGCGCAAAAGCCCUGGUGCCUCGUGACAGCGAUGUUUUCGUGUGCACUUACCCGAAAUGUGGUACCACAUGGAUACAGCACAUAUGCUCACAGCUAAUGACCGACAAUUACGGACCACAAGUUGGACACGGUAAAGAACUAUGCGUAACGAGCCCGAUGAUUGAGCGCAUGGGUGCAAAGUUUGCCGACAACUUGGCUUGUCCACGAUUGCUCAAAACACACUUUGCUUGGAACAACAUCCCAAAAAGUAGCAGCGCCAAAUAUAUAUUUGCUGUUCGAAAUCCCAAGGACUGCCUCACAAGUUAUUUCUUCCACAACCGCAAUUUCAAAAUCUAUGACUACGAAAAUGGCGAUUUUUCGGCCUUCUUCGAACUUUUCCUGUCCGAAAAGAUUGCAUUCGGGAACUACUUCGAACAUCUGCUCAGCUGGCUUCCUCACAUUCACGAUGCAAAUGUUCUCUUCCUGAGAUAUGAAGACAUGUGCGCUGACUUGCGACAAGCCGUACGACAAAUUGGUGAAUUCUUGGGGGGCGAGGCUGCAAAGCGAAUACAAAAUGAAACCAUACUGAGUCGCAUUGUUGAAAACAGUACCAUUGGAUCGAUGAAGAAAGAUCAGUGGCGGUGGUUUCCAGAAAACAAUCUGCACCAAAACAGUUUCAUUCGAAAGGGCGGAAGCGGAGACUGGAGGAAUCAUUUUACGCGUGAGCAGUCCGAUCGUUUGGAUGCUGAAUUUCGAAAACAUUUGGGCGGAACAGUCGCGGCAAACUGGUGGAAAGAGGAGCUGACCUGGGAUGAAGUAGAAGAUAGUGGAAUUGAAGCUGACCUGCUAUCCUCCUCGCCUUUCUCGACCGAGAAAGCAAGCAGCAGUGCAAGCAGUUCCAGACGCAGCUCUCUGGAAAACUGCCGAAGAGAUUCCAUCGAACUCGUUGAUUUUAGCAAUUUGAAGGCAAGCUUGCAGAAUUGCAUUCCACUGCGAGAACGCUUUUCGUCGCAGUCCUCAUCGGGCUACAGCUCACUAUCGUCAUCACUGUACUAA